UUCAAUAUUACCUCAAAGUCUCCUAUUUUUGGAAAAUCUUGCCAGAAAAUGGCUUUUUUGACUCGAAACUCAGCUCGGCAUUAAUCUCAAAUCGGCCCAUCCCUGUUCAUACGACAAGAUAAAAUUUUUUUAGAUGUUAGAUUUACUGAGAGAUUUCGUUUGGGACAAUUUGUCUUUUUUAAGAAAAAAUUUAAAAAAAUAUUUUCCCUUAAUUUCAACAGAAUUUGCCUGAAAAUUCCCACGGAUUAGAAGACACAAUUUUCCGCAAUGCACAAACAUUGCCCCGUCCAGGAAUGUCUUCUCAAGCAACCACAACAACUCCAAGUCGUUCAACUACAAAUAUGUCAACUUCAAUUACUCCAAGCCGUCAACAACAACUAUCAAAGCAAUAUGCCAAUUUAUCACAACAACAAGCCAAGAUAA